UGCACGGGAUGCGUUCAUAGGCUUUUUUUAUGUUCAAAAAGCACAUGUAAAAUGGGUGAGCAAUCUAUCGAGAAGCAAAGACAGAAGCACGAAAUCGAACUGAUUGCCAGUGAAAAUUUUGCGAGCCGUGCCGUUCUCGAAGCACUGAGCUCAUGCUUUCACAACAAGUAUUCAGAAGGUUAUCCUGGAGCGAGGUAUUACGGCGGCAACGAGCAUAUAGACGAGGUAGAACGACUUUGCCAAAAACGCGCCCUCCAGGUGUUUCGUUUGUCGCCAGAAAACUGGGCUGUCAAUGUCCAACCAUAUUCUGGAAGUCCGGCCAACUUUGAAGUGUACACUGCUGUAGCAGGACCUCACGGUAGGAUAAUGGGUUUGGAUCUGCCGGACGGUGGACACCUGACCCACGGUUUUUACACCGAAAAGAAGAAAAUCUCCGCCACCUCUCUUUUCUUUGAGUCGAUGCCGUACAAGGUCGAUCCAAAGUCAGGACUGAUCGAUUAUGAUGCAUUAGAGAAAAUGGCGCUCAUUUUUAAACCGAAAGUGAUUAUUGCCGGUGUUAGUUGCUACUCUCGACAUCUGGAUUACAAGCGUUUUCGUGACAUCUGCGACCAGGUAGAUGCCUAUCUAAUGGCCGAUAUGGCGCACAUCAGCGGACUGGUCGCCGCCGGUGUUGUACCGAGCCCG